AUGGCUGGGUCCCGUAGGAGUCCGGUGUUGAGAGACCAGUGGAGAGCCUCCACCAACACUACAGACCAACGAGAUCGGGAAAGGCACAGAUCUCGAGGAUCGCACCGCGAUAGGGGGAGGGAGAGAUACCGUGAACGACAACGUCGUCGCCGACCCAAAGGGGGUAGACCCGAUCACCCAGGACGGUCGCCGCCACCGCGUUCUUUCGCGCAAGCGGAUAACGAAGAACACCGUUCACACCGUGAAUUUUCCCCUGGUACUGUGUCGGCUCGUGCCUCCCCUGGUCCUCCACCGUCAGACUUCCAACCAAGCCAGAACUUUGGUCGUCACUCUUCGCCCAAACCGACUGAGCAUCCCGAUCUAGAUUCGCACUAUUCGCUGGAGGUUGACAGGCCGAUCGAGCGGGACUACCGCAGAGAUCAAUCUCCCUCUGCACCCCCUCCAUCAAAACGCAAAAGAACACGAGGUCCUUCACCUGGCUGCAUCCCCGCCACUCUACUCAAGAACCUCCUCGCCACUCGUAUAGUCGGCCGGGUGACGACUCUGAGCGAAGUUUUCCACAUAAACGGGGCCGAGGACGUUUCCCAGGUCGCGGUAGGUCGGGUCGAAGGUCACCACGACGAGGGAGAGACCGCCGGAAGGACGAGGCUGGUCGACGAAGUUCUUCCCGCCCAAGACACUCGAAGUCUCCCACUCGUGGUGCGAAAUCUUACAACUACCCUCGUCGUCGGUUGCACAGCCCUCGCCCUGAAGACGAUCCUGAACGCGACCCGCGGCAUCGAUCUGUAUCUCGCCAUUCAGCAGAAUAACCCUCUCAGAUCCCCGUCUCCCCCUGGCCCAAUUCCAAGCUUUGAUGUUGAGACUACUGGUGCUUUGGUAGAUGGAGAUGCCCCACGUGAGUCCGUUUCGAUGCAUGGGAUGCGGGCAUCUGAUGCACGGGACACCAAGAGCUCAAACCCCCGUCCACAUCUUGAUUCCAGACAAUAUUCGACCUCGCCGCAAUACGUGACCCCGUCUAAUUCCUACCAUGGUUCCCCACAAUCUACCUCUCCGUAUUCGGGUGGACGGGGCGGUUGGAAUGGGCAGCAACCUCCUCACCCCGGAGAAACUCUUCCAAUAGUGCUGACCUGGGUGCAAUGUCUAGUCGUUCUCCUCCGUACAGACAGCCGCCGACUGGUCCACAGAGCCAGUUUUAUCAAGGCCAAAGCCAAUUUCAUCCGUCUGCGAACCAUAUUCCCACAGGUCCUCGUGGAGGCCAUUCAGGCUAUCGCGGAAACUAUCAGAACCAAGGAGGCGGCCGUAGAUUCUCUGCUUCAGGCUCCCAAAAUUACAGCAAUGCACCUUCCCCGCGUGGCCGGGACGUCACAAACCCCUCCACCUCCAACGGCUUCGGAAAAUGAGACAUCUAUUGGUCCUGCUCAGAGUAAUAUUGCUUUCAGGCUUGGUGGCCAAGAUCGCCCGGUAGGCGAGGAAAAGCCAGAGUCAGAGGUCGACGAUGCCCAGAAAAUGCUACCUACGAAUAUAGGACAGUCUGAUACCUCUACGAACCCAAAUAAGGGAGGCAAAAUCAGUUUUGCUUUCAAGGCGAAGACAACUCCAGCCCCUGCUCCGAAACCCGUUCCGGAUCUGGCGCAAAGGAUGCUGGCCCGAGAGCCACCUGCCCGGGUGGCCGAGCCUCCGCGUAAUCGGAUGGCGAGUGGUCCGCCUCCCAAAUUCAAGCCUGAGCCACGUUUUGAUCGUCGUGAGCGGGACCGUGAGAGAGAAAGAGACCGACAUCGUGAAAGAGAUCGCGACAGGGGGCGUAAUGACCGGCGCGAUUUCCGGGAUCCGCGCGGGUUCCGUGAUCCUAGGGAUAGGCGCGACGGUCGGAAGGAUGAUCAUCGUUUUGAUCAUCGCCAUGACAGGAGAAGAGGUGACCGACGACAGGAUUUCCGUCCUGAACGCCGCCGGGAUCGCUCUCCGGAACCCAAGAAACAACCUAAAAUUCUGACACGGCCGAAACCACGUCCCAUCCUUCCUGAAGAAUUCGCUAAAUCGGACUCUGUUUAUUACCGGAAACCUGGAAAUGAAUCUGUUAUUGGAGCUGGCACGUAUGGAAAGGUCUUCAAGGCAAUUCAUGUGUAUACCCAGAGAAAGGUGGCAUUGAAGAAGAUACGAAUGGAGGGCGAGAAAGAUGGCUUCCCUGUCACGGCUGUGCGCGAGAUCAAGUUGCUGCAACACCUCCGCAACGACAAUGUUGUGAGCUUGCUGGAAGUCAUGGUAGAGAGGAAUGAGUGCUUUAUGGUGUUUGAGUAUCUCUCCCAUGACCUUACUGGUCUCAUUAAUCACCCGACUUUCACACUUACGGCAGCUCAUAAAAAGGACCUGGCAAAGCAAAUGUUCGAAGGAUUGAGCUACCUUCAUCAUCGUGGAGUGCUGCAUCGCGACAUCAAGGCCGCCAAUAUUCUUAUCAGCAACCGUGGACAACUAAAAUACGCCGACUUCGGUUUGGCCAGAUUCUUCUCAAAGAGUCGACAACUUGAUUACACAAAUCGUGUUAUCACUAUAUGGUACCGACCGCCGGAGCUUCUCCUGGGUGAAACCAGGUACGGACCGGCAGUUGACGUUUGGAGUGCGGCUUGCGUAUACGUCGAAAUGUUCACAAAGAAAGCCGUUUUCCCCGGCGAGGGGGGCGAGAUCAGCCAAAUGGAGAAGCUCUAUAAUUGUCUCGGGACUCCGACACGAGCAGAAUGGCCAGACAUUGUUGAGAUGCCUUGGUUCGAGCUGAUGCGCCCGACUGAACGAAAGAGAAGGGUUUUUGAGGAGGUGUAUGGGCAAAUCCUAACCCCAGCGGCUCUGGACUUGGUUUCUCAAAUUUUCCGUUAUGACCCGACUGCACGGCCAACUGCUGAGGAGAUACUUGCACAUCCGUACUUUGCUUCGGAGGAGCCUAGGCCCCAACAAGCCAUUGAACUGGAGAACAUUGAGGGCGAUUGGCAUGAAUUUGAAUCCAAAGCACUCCGCAAAGAGAAGGACAGGGAAGCUCGCCGCGCUGAGUAUCAGAGAGACAAAGAGAAACGGAAGGCUGGUACUUCAGCUCCACCCAGCGAGAGAGAAACGAAACGUGCCAGGCAAGACGCCGAGGACUCGCAAUCUUCAGCACAGCCUACGGAACAAUAG